AUGGCGCCCUCCCACCAGGCUCUCGUCAAUCUCUCGCCUGCCGAGCUCUCCUUUCUGCGCUCCACCCUCUCCCAGACGCCGCCCAUUCGCCUCGAUGUCACCAAAGGGCCCCGCGACUUUCGCUCCAUGCGCGCAGAGUAUGACGUCCUGCCCACCGCCAACGGGAGUGCGCGCAUUGCCCUCGAGGACGGCACCGAAGCCCUAGUCGGCGUCAAGGCCGAGGUCGACAAGUCGCUGCAGUCGCCAGUCUUGGGCGACCCAGCACAGAACGUGCGCAUGGGCGAGACUGACGACCACGACGACGAGAGCAAAGGAAAAGGCCAGAACGCGUGGGUGGAGAUGAGCGUCCAAGUGCCAGGCUUUCGCGAAGAGGAUGCAUUGCCUGUCUUUCUCUCCUCCAUGCUCACAGAGAGCUUGCUUGCGAGUGGAGCGUUCAAGGACCGCUUGUACAUCAACAGCCGGUUCCACUGGAAGCUCUACAUUGACAUCCUCCUCCUCUCCCCACCCCUCUCCUACCCCCUCGCCCUCCUCUCCAUGACCACCCACCUCGCCCUCAUCACCACCCGCCUCCCCGCACUCAAGUCCGAACGGGACGAAGACCCCCUCUUCGACGACGACUGGGACGCCGCCGUACCCCUCUACCCCAAACCCACGGGCCCCCAUGCCUUCAUCCCCUCCAUCGGCAAACCCCCCAUCAUCAUCCUCGCCAUGGCCGUCGACCAAAACAUCAUCUUCGACCCCGCCAAAGAAGAACUCGCAGUCGCAGACGCCGUCCUCGCAAUGGCCUGCACACACUCUCCUGCCUCCACAACAGCCGCCCGCAUCCUCGCAAUCCGCACUAUUGAUCCCCCGUCCCAUCUCACCCCUCCUGGCGUCCCCAACUCGAUGAAUUCGGCAACCGGUGGCACGGUCCCGACCUCCAUGGCCGAUGCCCUCACCCAACGCGAAUUGCUUGCCACCUCGGGCGUUUGGACUCCCCCGCGCGGCGGCAUGAAGAGGAGCCUCGUAGCCCAGCUGACCAAGAUGGUGGUGGAGACUGGGGGCGUGGCAGAAGAAGUCUUUACCGCCUUGGCUGCCAUUGAAGUCGGAUGA